UCAUAGACCUACUGGAAUCGUACACGCUUGUUGCUGAAUACCCGCGCGUUUACUGCUUCGGCUAUGCAUGCCUCCCGGAAUCUUUCGUCUACCUAAAUCUAGAAUGUAAUCAAUGGUCCACAAAACUGUGUUGAGGAGAAUUGUCGAUAAGAUAACGAAAACAACCCUUUUCUCCAAGAGAAUUCCUGUCAUAUCGUUGGGCUCAGUUUGAAUUCAGCCUGCAAUCGUUGAGCAUCAUUCCUCGAGCGAUGGAACGCCAAAAUCCUUAUAACCGUUCUGUAAGACUUAUCAGUUACGAAAACAGUUCUGCUGAACCAAUACGAAACAAAAUUGAUUCUAGUUCAUCAUCGAGUAGCAAGCAUUCGCUAGAUGCUGUUCGUGCCUUAGAAAGUUUGGUGGUCUGCCCAAUUUGCGAAAAGCGCCUCAAGGCACCUAAAAUGCUCCAGUGUCAACACACAUUUUGCCUUGCGUGCCUGGAAGCAACAUAUUGGCAACAGAAACAUCGAGAUUAUAUUACUUGUUCUACAUGCGAAUCGAAGCACGCACUCACUUCUGCUUUGUUGUCGGAUCUCCCGCCGAACCUGUACAUCGAUUCGGUGCUGCAGGUCUUGAGCUCAUCAACUACUGGAACCAGCAAUGGUCAUUCGAAACCACCCUUAUCUUCUCUGCAGGCUACUUCCAGUGCAACACCCAACGAGGAAAGCUGCCCUAUGACGUGCAACAAAUGUGAUACAAUCAGUAACGUUAUGAUACAGAAAUGUAACCAUUGCAAUCAAAUUUUAUGUGCCAUCUGUUGGCAGACGCAUAUGGAUCAGCUCAUCAAACAAGUUCAACAACUUGAUAUUCAACUUAACUCAGCGGUUAAGAAAAUGGACCACAAAAUGAACAACUAUAAGAUACGUUUUACCAAUCUCAAUUUGCAAAUCAAGGCACAUUUCGACGAAAAAGUACAAGCACUCAAGAAACAAGAGUGUUCAUUUCUAGACGAAUCGCAAAGAAUACUAAACGAUGGGCUAUGUGCGCACGAGCUGGUGAUGGAGAAGAUACGCCGACUCCGGACAACAAUCGGCGACAAUGCAAUUGGCACACAAGGUGAUUUCGUUCACGUUUAUCUGAAUUUGCAUAAAGAAAUUUCGAUCGUUUUCGAGGAGAUCUCCCACUGGGGAGAAGAGAUUGUUUUAUUUGACCAGAAAAAAUGUAAAAUAGAAGUAGUUGGUACAUAUGGUAACGUGGAUGCUGCGACAGUUGGUUUGGAAAACGACAAAGAGCCCACAAAAUGUAGUACUAUUAGUACGAUAGAUCCGGCGAUGUUGGAUACCGAAGAAGCCGUUUUCACCUACUAUAAGAAUCAUUCGUUCAAACCUAAGCUGUUUUGGAACAAAUGUCAUCGACCUGCAGGAGUAGGUGUAGCUCCAUGGAAGCAAGAAACAGUAGAGCAAUCGUUACUGUAUAUUUCAGGCGCAGAAAGCAGACUUAUAUAUGUGGUGAAUAGGACCACCGGUGACGUAGUGCAGCGAAUUGUGCACGAGGAUAUGUCGUACCCGAACGGCAUUUCUUUCGAUGAGGAAAAACAGGAAAUUUUCGUUUCCGACAAAUGGAAACACUGCAUUUUUGUCUUUGCGGCAGAUGGCACAUUUAUGCGCCAACUUUGCGACAAGGGGGACCAGGAAGGUUUACUGAGAGCCCCGGAAGGAAUUGCUAUAGGCCCGAAUGGAGUGCUUUUCAUUUGUGAUACAGGAAACGAUAGAAUUCAGUGCGUUAGUCCGGCGAACGGCCGAAUGCUGUCCCAGUUCGGGCGCAUACCGAAAGACCAACUGAUGAAAGCGACGCAGACUAAAACGCCCACUCGUUAUGUAGACCUUAAGUCCCCCACAGGAGUGGCCAUUCACGACGACAAAGUUUUCGUUCUGGACAGUGGCAAUCGGCGAGUAAAGGUCUUCAACAAGCAAGGUGAAAGAAUCCUGGAAUUUGGACAGGUCGGGUCUAUGGUUGGGCAGUUUCAGUAUCCGGAGGUGAUUGCUGUUGAUCCGAGCGGCUUUAUCCUGGUGGGCGAUGGAGGGAACGCCAAGGUUCUGAUAUAUCAUCCGAGUGGGAGCUUCGUAACGGCUCUCGGAUGUCGAGGAGACAAACCUGGAAGAUUCAACUGGGUGUCGGGGCUGUUCGUGACCAAGGAUCGUGAGAUUAUCAUCAGCGAUUACAAAAACCACAACGUGCAGGUAAUAGUGUAGAAUGGAGACAAAAGUCGAUGGUGAAAGAUAAGAUGUUUAUUUUGAUGUGUGUUGUAUUUACAUUUGAAGCAUAAUAAAUUAAAACUCGAAUGCGUGAUGUAAUUUAAUAAGGAUAAUAUCAACAUAUUCACGGCGUUUUGCUUGAAAUAGAUUAUUUAAAAUCUCUGGUGAUUUUUGCUGGGUUCUUAAAUAUUUUUCAAUCAGUUUUCAUUUUCAUUCUCAGUAGCAAUAAGAAGUUAGAAUAACUGUUCUUUAAGAUUUGAAACUGUUUUAUAUUAGAAAAAAAAAACAUAUUGUUUCCAAAUUUUAGUGUUCUUUUAAAUUUAGGCUCAACUUCGCCUCAAUAGAGCGUUAAUUGCUGAUUACUCAUAGAAAAACUGCAUUGAAAUGUAGUAUUUUAGUCAGAUCAAACGUAUCAAUUGAAACAACAACAGACUCUUGUAGUGCACUAAAGACAACGAUUAUAAAUUUGUUCUUGAAAUACGAUGGAACUUCGGAAAACUCUAUAACUGACCUCAGGCUCGUGAAUCUGUGUAUAAAGAAUGAGAGGCAAUUGUUUUCUAUUACAGCCUAAUCAGUAUAUCCGCGCCAUCGAACAAUAAGCCCGAUGACAGCUUUGAUAAGGCCUACAGGGAGUGCGCAAAGCAAUAUGUCAAGAUAGUCGUCGAAAAUGCAAAUCCGCUGGUCAAUAGAGAAAGUUUCUGUUGACCUGUCAUUGGGACGGAAGGCCUUCAUUAAAUUUACAACGAUAAUGCUCUGCGCCUUUAAACUGCUGCUGCUAUGAGAAUGCAGAUGAUCGACGGGCAACAAUUUUCGGACGUCAUAGAUGUGACGUCCUGCAGAUAUCCGAACAUUGACUCGAGUCAUUACCUUGAAGUAGCAAGAGCUCGGGUGCACCGUCAGGAGUUCAAGGAACAACAGAACCAUGCGUUCCAACGCUUAUCACAUGUAUACCAUGUACAAGUCGCCAAUAAGACCGGUGGUCCUCUACGGACACGAUACAUGGACCGUGCUCGAGGAGAACCUGCCAAGCACUCGGAGUUAACGAGCGACGCGUACUAAGGACGGUCUUCGGCGGCGUUGAGGAGAACGGUGUGUGGCGGCGAAGGAUGAACCGCGAGAUCACUGCACUCUACGGUGAACCCAACAUACUGGAAGUGGCCUAAGCUGGGCGGAUACGGUGAGCAGAGCAUGUUGCAAGAACGCCAGACAACAGCCCUGCAAAAUUGGUGUUUGCUAAUCAUUCGGUAGGUACAAAAAGACGUGGAACGCAGAGAGUACGACGGGCGGACCAGGUGGAGUGUGAUCUGGCGAGUGUAGCGCGUGACCGACGUUGGAGAACUGCAGCUGAAAAAUCGAGUAUUAUGACGGCAAAUUGUUUGUUCAGAUGUUGUUAUCAUAAAGUUGAUGUUGAACUAAACCAUAGCUUCCCAACCUUCGUUUUACGACCCCCCAACCGCUUGCAGGCACGCUUCGAUUGUUUGACGAAAAGCGCAGUGACGACAUACUGGGGGGUCGCGACUCGCGAGAGCCAAGGAUGGGAACCGUGGAACUAAACAAAUGAAAAUGAACGAGACAAUAGAAGAGACCAUAUUGUCUCGUUCAUUUUCAUUUGUUUAGUUCCACGGUUCCCAUCCUCACCACGGAUCACCAGUUUACAGGAGUUUAUCCAUGAAACAAUGACAACAACAGCGCUAAGCGACUCCAACGACGAUGAGUGCCAACAAAUGACGAGCGAAAAGAAUGUCGCCAGAAGUCGAAUGCUAGUGACCGGUGUCCAGCUCAACAGGGAGCGAUACCAGGCGAUAAGAGGAGAAGAGAAAUGUUUCCACCGUAGCAGGAAACAGCAGCACGAAGAGAGUGUGAUUGUUGUAAGCAAGAAAGCUUGGAUAGCAAUGAUAUGCGGAGGUUUUAUGCAAUUCUCGACGCGCGGUACAAGACUACGGCAGCGCCCGCCACGUGCAAUGACCGGGAAGGAAAUUUGGUGGCAGCAUUUCGGAAGGAGCAUUUCGAAGAUUAUUUGAAGGGUAAAAAUGAAGGUGCAUCCAAGAACAUGAUUAACAUAGUUGAUGACGGUAAAACAGUGGAAUCAUUAACACUGAAUUAUGUUAAGAAUGUCCUUAAGGAGCUGAAAACCAGCUAAGCUGCUGGGCUUUAAUUGCUUCAACACGGGAGCGAUUGAUGUAGUUGAAUCAGCCUACCAGAUUCCGAUAAUGAAAUAUGAGCUGUGUGCCUGCUACAGAGGGAUUAUUUUUAAAUUUGGCGUACAAGAUGUUACCGCGUGCCCAGUUCAACAGACUGAGAUCCCUUGAGGAGAUUUGAACGAUAUGAGGAGAUACCAUACAACUGUCCAUGCUAAGCGGCUCAGGAAUACGAUUGUGUCCGCCAUGGAUAACCGUCGAUAAAAAAAAAUCUUUGACAAACAAAUAUGGUGCUGGCUGGAAAGCCUUUGAUGAUUUGUUGCAAAACAAUAUUUAUAAACACGCUCCAAGUUACAAGUUCAACAACGAAAGAAGAACCAUUUCUUGGGAUCAACAAUUUACGCAAAGGCUGGAGUUAUAGUCCUUUUCAUGGAAUUGGUUUUAAUAGUAAAUUCC